CCGUUCCUCUCUCUAAACGAUAACCAUGGCAGAAGAGACGAAUAACCAGCAACUCAUUGUGGAUGGCAAUACUGUGUCGUCCAAGUUCAUUGAAGAUCUCACCGAGAAAUUAACCAAGGCGAUGUUUCGAAACUUUCAACCGCCGCUUGGUCCAGCCACAGGACCUGAGGGAGGGCUACCACCAAUGACGAUAGUGUUCAACGGCCGUAACUAUGGUGUAUGGUCGCAAAUGGUGGAGGUGCUCCUUGCAUCUAAGGACAAACUCGGCCAUAUCAAUGGCGAACGAACUCAACCUGCGUCUAAUGACACAGGCUACAAGCGAUGGAUGUCUGACAACUCCAUGGUAAAAGGUUGGAUUCUCAGCUCCCUUGACCCUAAUUUGAUUGGGAAUUUCAUACGGUUUUCUACUGCCAAGGAGGUAUGGGAUAGCAUCAAAUUAACCUUUUUUGAUGGUAAUGACAACACCCAGAUCUAUGAUCUUGAAGUAAAGGUUUAUGGGUUAAAACAAACCGGUACACUAGAAGAUUAUUUCUAUACUCUGCAAGGACUUUGGAAGGAGAUUGAGUUUAGAAAACCAAACCCUAUGACCUGUCCCAUAGAUAUUGAGAAAUAUAACAGAGUAGAGCAAGAUAGAAAGGUGUAUAUUUUCCUUGGGGGUCUUGAGGACAGAUUCGAUGGCAUUCGGGCCGAGAUCCUUAGGAUGACACCAUUACCAACUGUUGAAGAGACGUAUGGACAUGUGCGUCGUGAAGAUGUGCGUCAAUCUGUUAUGGUUGGCAAGAGCACGGAUUUGUCUAACUCAGUGGCAAUGAUUGUGCAAGGUGCAAAACAGGUUGCUGGUGUUCCUCACAUCAGUACUAACUCAACCCAUGGGAACAGUAACAACUCGGUUCCAGGAGAUCCACUGUCUCUGUCAUCGCAGGUACAGGGAAAGGAAUCCAGUUCUAAUCAAGGUGCUGUACACUUUACAACACGAUACAACAAAACUGAAGCAGUUCUCAAGUGCACCCACUGUGGCGGCAAAGGCCAUAGUAAAGACACCUGUUUUAAAAUCCAUGGGUACCCAGAUUGGUACAAGGAGUUGAAAAAGAAGCAAGCUGAGGCAAAAAGAGGCAAGGUCUCCAUUGCAGUAUCGGGUAAGAAUGGUGAUGAUUCUCCAAGUGAAGGACAUCCUCACGAAGGAGAUCAUUGGGCGUGGUAUUGAAAGAGAUGGGUUGUAUCAUCUUGAAGAUCUUAAAGCUGGAAGAGCAAAUUUAGUGGUUGAUCAAACGGAAGUGCAGAAUAAAAUUUGGACAUGGCACCGACGUUUGGGU